AUGAUGGAAAAAUCUCAGAAAUCAUCCCAUUUAGAUGACGUAACAGAAGCUAAUGCAGUACCAUCAUUUGAUAAUAUUGAAUUAGCGUUAAAAGGUUUUCAAAACAAUAUCUUUGAAGAUUUGAAAAUGUCAGCUUCAGGAGCAAAGAAAUUAAAAUUGGAUUGUUCACGAAAAGAAGAUUUUAUUGGAGAAAAUAUCAAUGGAUCGAAUGAUAGCAAGACGAUAUCUGCUUCGGGAUCCACAGAUUCAUCGAUAAUAAGGCAAAAGGAAAAGGAAUGCAAUGACUCUGCUACAUAUCCAACAAGUUGUCGAUUUUGUGGUGGAAUGUUACGUGCAAUAGAUAAAUAUCGUGAAGAUCAGAAGCUUACUUUACAAUGUAGAAAUCGUGAAUGUAUGAAAUUUAAUGGUGUCACUUCUGACAAGCAAGCCAAACAGUUUUUAUCAGAGAUGGCAAAACCAAAGGCUCCACAUAUUGAUUAUGGCUGGUAUUUAUCAGAUCCAGUGAAACAUUCUUAUGGGAUUUUCGCUAGCCAUGACUCCUCGGAUUCAGAAGUUGAUAGGUCAAAUGUGAAUGUUCGACCAAUUAUUCAAGAUGGAAAUAUAAUGCUUCGAGUUUUCGGGCAAAAACGAUUGGUUAGAUUAUUAUGA